UCGCCCGCUGCAGGGAAAUGGCCGCCGGGUGUGGCGCGGGCGAGACGUCGAGAGACGCGAUCUUGUCCUGUGGUGUCCUGUGACACGGCCGGCCGGCGGUGCAGCGGGAGCCAGGGGUCUGCCAAGCUGGUAGACGCAGUCGUGCAGCCUGCGGAGACGGUGAAAUAAAGAUCUGUAGAUUUCUGUGAAAAUGUCGGUUCUAAUAUCACAGAGUGUGAUAAAUUAUGUGGAAGAAGAAAAUAUCCCUGCUCUGAAAGCUCUUCUUGAAAAAUGCAAAGAUGUAGAUGAGAGGAAUGAGUGUGGCCAGACUCCUCUGAUGAUAGCUGCUGAGCAGGGCAACCUGGAAAUUGUGAAGGAGCUGAUUAAGAACGGAGCCAACUGCACUCUGGAAGACUUGGAUAACUGGACAGCACUUAUAUCUGCAUCAAAAGAAGGGCACAUCCAUGUUGUGGAGGAGCUACUGAAGUGUGGGGUUGAUCUGGAGCACCGUGACAUGGGAGGAUGGACAGCUCUCAUGUGGGCAUGUUAUAAAGGCCGAACUGAUGUAGUUGAGUUGCUUCUUUCUAAUGGUGCCAAUCCAAGUGUUACUGGUCUGCAGUACAGUGUUUACCCAAUCAUCUGGGCAGCAGGGAGAGGCCAUGCAGAUAUAGUGCAUCUUCUGUUGCAAAACGGUGCCAAAGUCAACUGUUCUGACAAGUAUGGAACCACCCCUUUGGUAUGGGCUGCACGAAAAGGCCAUUUGGAAUGUGUAAAGCAUUUAUUGGCCAUGGGAGCUGACGUUGAUCAAGAAGGAGCUAAUUCAAUGACUGCACUUAUUGUGGCAGUAAAAGGAGGCUAUACACAGUCAGUAAAAGAAAUUUUGAAAAGGAAUCCAAAUGUAAAUUUAACUGAUAAAGAUGGAAAUACAGCUUUGAUGAUUGCGUCCAAGGAGGGACAUACGGAGAUUGUGCAGGACCUGCUCGACGCUGGGACAUACGUGAACAUACCCGACAGGAGUGGGGACACUGUGCUGAUAGGUGCUGUUCGAGGUGGCCACGUUGAAAUUGUUCGAGCACUUCUCCAAAAAUACGCCGACAUAGACAUCAGAGGACAGGACAAUAAAACUGCUUUGUACUGGGCUGUGGAAAAGGGAAAUGCAACAAUGGUGAGAGACAUUCUGCAGUGCAAUCCUGAUACUGAAAUAUGCACAAAGGAAGGUGAAACACCACUGAUAAAGGCCACCAAGAUGCGGAAUAUCGAAGUCGUGGAGCUGCUGCUGGACAAAGGGGCUAGGGUGUCCGCAGUAGACAAAAAAGGAGAUACUCCCUUGCAUAUUGCCAUUCGAGGAAGGAGUCGCAAACUGGCAGAGCUUCUUUUAAGAAAUCCCAAAGAUGGGCGGUUACUUUAUAGGCCCAAUAAAGCAGGCGAGACUCCUUACAACAUUGACUGUAGCCAUCAGAAAAGCAUUUUAACUCAAAUAUUUGGAGCCAGACACUUGUCUCCUACUGAAACAGAUGGUGACAUGCUCGGCUAUGAUUUAUAUAGUAGUGCCCUUGCAGAUAUUCUCAGUGAACCUACCAUGCAGCCUCCCAUUUGUGUGGGGUUAUACGCUCAGUGGGGAAGUGGAAAGUCAUUUUUACUCAAGAAAUUAGAAGAUGAAAUGAAGACAUUUGCAGGACAACAGAUCGAACCUCUUUUUCAGUUCUCUUGGCUUAUAGUAUUUCUUACCCUGUUGCUUUGUGGAGGAAUUGGCCUGGUGUUUGCUUUUACAGUUGACCCAAACCUUGGCAUAGCAGUUUCAUUGAGUUUCCUGGCUCUCUUAUAUAUAUUCUUCAUUGUCAUUUACUUUGGUGGUCGAAGAGAAGGAGAAAGUUGGAACUGGGCCUGGGUUCUCAGUACCCGAUUGGCAAGACAUAUUGGGUAUUUGGAACUGCUCUUCAAAUUGAUGUUUGUGAACCCACCUGAACUACCAGAGCAAACUACAAAAGCUUUACCUGUGAGGUUUCUGUUUACAGAUUACAAUAGGCUGUCCAGUGUAGGUGGGGAAACUUCCUUGGCCGAAAUGAUUGCAACCCUCUCAGAUGCUUGUGAGAGAGAGUUUGGCUUUUUGGCGACAAGACUUUUUCGCGUGUUCAAGACUGAAGAUUCUCAGGGUAAAAAGAAGUGGAAAAAAACAUGUUGUCUCCCAUCUUUUCUCAUCUUCCUUUUCAUCUUUGGCUGCAUCAUUGCUGGAAUCACUCUUUUGGCUAUAUUCAGAGUGGACCCAAAGUAUAUGACAGUGAAUGCUGUCCUUAUCUCAAUUGCUUCAGUAGUGGGGUUGGCCUUUGUGCUCAACUGUCGCACAUGGUGGCAAGUGUUAGACUCCCUCUUGAAUUCCCAGAGAAAACGACUCCACAGUGCUGCCUCCAAACUGCACAAGCUGAAAAGUGAAGGAUUCAUGAAAGUUCUGAAAUGUGAAGUGGAAUUGAUGGCCAAGAUGGCAAAAACAAUCGACAGCUUUACGCAGAAUCAGACAAGGCUGGUGGUGAUCAUUGAUGGGUUAGAUGCCUGUGAGCAGGACAAAGUCCUUCAGAUGCUGGACACUGUUCGUGUUUUGUUUUCAAAAGGCCCAUUUAUUGCCAUUUUUGCAAGUGAUCCACACAUUAUCAUCAAAGCCAUUAACCAGAACCUUAACAGUGUGCUUCGUGAUUCGAAUAUAAAUGGACAUGACUACAUGCGUAACAUCGUUCAUUUGCCUGUCUUCCUCAAUAGUCGUGGGCUUAGCAAUGCAAGAAAAUUUCUCGUAACUUCCACCACAAAUGGGGACAUUGCGUGCUCAGAUAGUACAGGGAUGCAGGAGGAUGUGGACAGAAGAGUCUCACAAAACAGCCUUGGGGACAUGACAAAACUUGGCAGCAAAACAGCUCUCAACAGACGAGAUACCUACCGCAGGAGGCAGGUGCAGAGGACCAUCACCCGCCAGAUGUCCUUUGACCUCACAAAGUUGCUGGUUACCGAGGACUGGUUCAGUGACAUCAGUCCUCAGACCAUGAGAAGACUACUUAAUAUUGUUUCUGUGACAGGACGAUUACUAAGAGCCAAUCAGAUUAGCUUCAACUGGGACAGACUUGCUAGCUGGAUCAACCUGACUGAACAGUGGCCAUACCGGACUUCUUGGAUUAUAUUAUAUUUGGAAGAGACUGAAGGGGUUCCCGACCAGAUGACAUUAAAAACCAUCUAUGAAAGAAUAUCAAAGAAUAUUCCAACAACUAAAGAUGUUGAGCCACUGCUUGAAAUUGAUGGAGAUAUAAGAAACUUUGAAGUGUUUUUGUCUUCAAGAACCCCAGUUCUUGUGGCUCGGGAUGUAAAGACCUUUCUGCCAUGUACCGUAAACCUAGAUCCUAAGCUCCGGGAGAUUAUUGCAGAUGUUCGCGCUGCCCGGGAGCAGAUCAACAUAGGAGGCCUCGCUUACCCUGCGCUCCCUGUUCAUGAAGCUCCUCGGGCACCUUCAGGGUACAGUCAGCCGGCAUCCGUGUGCUCCUCCUCAGCUUCCUUCAGUGGGCCAUUCACAGGGGGGGUGGCAUCACCACAGCCCCAUAGCAGCUACUACAGCGGCAUGACGGGCCCUCAGCACCCCUUCUACAACAGGCCAUUCUUUGCCCCAUACCUUUACACGCCAAGGUAUUACCCUGGCGGUUCCCAACAUCUCAUCUCACGUUCAUCAAUAAAAACGAGUUUGCCCAGAGAUCAGAACAAUGGCCUAGGGUCGGGCCCAGCCACAGGAGCAGUCAUGCCCCUGAGUUCAAUGACGGUGGACUCCGUGUGUGAGAGACUGAGACACAUAGAAGGGCUGGAUCAGAGCAUGCUGCCUCAGUAUUGUGCAACUAUCAGAAAGGCAAACAUAAAUGGCAGGGUGUUGGCUCAGUGUAACAUUGAUGAACUGAAGAAGGAGAUGAAUAUGAACUUUGGAGAUUGGCACCUUUUUAGAAGCACAGUGCUAGAAAUGAGGAAUGCAGAAAACCAGGUGGUCCCUGAAGACCCACGUUUUCUUAAUGAAAACAGCAGCGCCCCAGUUCCUCACGGUGAAUCUGCUCGUCGGUCUUCCCACGACUUGCCUCACACUGAGCUUUCCAACCAAACUCCCUAUACACUGAAUUUCAGCUUUGAAGAACUGAACACACUAGGCCUAGAUGAAGGUGCCCCACGUCACAGCAAUCUAAGUUGGCAGUCACAAACUCGCAGAACCCCGAGUCUCUCGAGUCUCAAUUCCCAGGAUUCCAGUAUUGAAAUUUCAAAGCUUACUGAUAAGGUGCAGGCCGAGUAUAGAGAUGCGUAUAGAGAGUACAUUGCUCAGAUGUCCCAGUUAGAAGGGGGCCCGGGGUCCGCGACGGUCAGUGGCCGAUCCUCUCCGCACAGCGCCCUCUUCGCGGGGCCGGGCUCCUCCGGGGGGCCCGUCCCCGCCCCCGCCGAGCCCGAGCGCGGCCCCGAGGGCGAGCCCCGGGCGGACGAGGGGCGGCGGGUGCUCGCGACGCGGCGGGCGGACGAGUUCCCGCCGGGGCUGUCGUGCAGCGACGCCUCCCCGCUGGACCCGAUCCGCGAGGAGGACGAGCGCGCCGAGCCGGCGGGGGCCCGGCUGCUGCCUGGCAGGCGGGCGUCCGAGCGGCCCGGGCUCUUCGCGGCCGAGCUCACGCUCGCGGGCGCGCCGCGCUACCAGAAGCUGCCCAGCGACGAGGACGAGUCGGGCCCCGAGGAGUCGGACCACACGCCGCUGCUGGGCGCGCGGAGGCCGCCCGAGCCCGCGCGCGCGCUCGCCCGGGCCCGGGAGGGCGCGCCCGACGCCCUGCUGGACAAGAAGGACUCGUCCGACUCGGGCGUGCGCUCCAGCGAGAGCUCCCCGAACCACUCGCUGCUCGGCGAGGCGGACGGCCGCCGCGGCAAGGCCGACCUCAUCGAGCUGGAGCCAGGCCCGCGGGACGCGCGCAUGUCGCUGUGCUCGGACGGCAGGCGCAGCCCCUCGGAGAGCAGCCUGACGGCCAGCAGCCCCGAGGACAGCUGGCCGGCCUGCAGCCUGCACCGCUCGCCCAGCACCGCCACGCUCAACAACAACAGCGCGCCCGCCGCCACGGCCGCGCAGAACCAGAACCGCCGCGGCGCCGAGGGGCUCCUUCUGCGGCCGGGCUCCUGCCCCGGCGCCGCCCUUCAGAACGAGAACCUCCGCAGCCUGGCGCACAAGCGCGGCCAGCGCGCAGCUUACGGGAGGCUGCGGGGCGCUGCGGAGGCCCCCGACGGCGCCUUCGCCGAGGAGCGGGAGAGCAUCCUUUAAGAGGAGCAGACAGGCGCCGGGUGUCCCCAGGACGCGGAAUGCAGAUGAGCUACACGUGGCCAGGCCUUUGCAGAAGACAGGAAGAGCAUCCUUUAAGAAGAACAGCCCCAGGACAUUGAAUACAGAUGAAUUACAGGUGGCCAGGCGUUUGCAGAAGACAGGGAGAGCAUCCUUUAAGAAGAGCAACAGACAGCUCGCCUGGUGUCCCUAGGACAUUGAAACGCAUCACCUUUAUUCAUCACAUACGCACAUUUCAUUCACAGAUGACUUACAGGAGGCCAGGCGUUUGCAGAAGACAGGAAGAGCAUCCUUUAAGAAGAGAGGCAGACACGGCGCUGGUGUCCCCAGGACAUUGAAUACAGAUGAGCUACAGGUGGCCAGGCCUUUGCAGAAGAGAGAGAGAGAGCAUCCUUUAAGAAGAGCUUCCCCAGGACAUUGAAACCGUCACCUUUAUUCAUCAUACAGAUAGGCACAUUUCACUCACAGAUGACUUAAGGUGGCCAGUCCUUUGCAGAAGAGAGGGAGAGCAUCCUUUAAGAAGAACAGGCAGACAGGUCGCCUGGUGUCCCUAGGACAUUGAAUACAGGUGAUUUACAGGUGGCCAGGCCUUUGGAGAAAGAGACUGACGCAGUACGACAGAGGAAAGCCUAAGUUGGCCUCCCUUGUUGCCUUUCUCACUGGCAGCUCAGCAUCUCACGGUCAUGACUAUGCCUUUCGUGGUACCCACUCCAUUCAGUUUUGUGGGACACAAGCCAAGUAUAAAAAUAGGUCAGAAAUGCUUUUGUUUAACUCACAAAAGAAAACCUAGGGAGCCCCUUUGUAGAACAUUCAUUCAUCAGACACUGGAGGAGAGGCAUAGUGUUAGAUAAGGCAAAAGCAGGCUUUGCUCUUAAUGUUUAGACAGGAAUGUACAAGUUUCAGAGUAGCUCCAAGUGGUUAGAAAAUUGACAGGCAGUCUAUGUAAGACACAGAUUGCUUAUUUAAAAAGGUUUGUAGAAUUUCAGCAGGAAGCAUAUGCUAAAAGGGGCAUUGAAAUGUGGUAAGAGAGUCAGCAGUAGCCACAGUAGGAAAACCGGGCCAUCAGAAGGUGUUGAAGGAGCAUGGAGAGGCAUCGGUAGCCUCCGUUCCCUGUCAGAGCAGCCCUGGCCCCCAGCUCUGCACGGGUGCAACUAAGAACCACCCUGGUCUGUUCUGCAACCCUUCUUUUACAUGGUGUGCCAGAAGUAGAUUUAUUUUAUUUGCCUAACUUAGCGAAGAGAGGGAGACAUGAGUAAACAUGAAUUUAUUUAUUUUUAUUUGGUGCUGGCAAUUAAACCUAAGACUUCGUGAAUGCUAGCCUAGUCCUCCAUCCUGUAUCCCAACCAUGAAUCUUUCCUCCAGUGAAUCAAGAAGCUAUUGAUACUAAGAGGCACUAGUAAAUAUUUACUGAAUGAAUGCAAGAGGAAAUGAUUACAUCAGGAGGGUUAGUGACUCUAGAUAACUGACAAAUACUUAAUUAGGUAUGUUAAAUAAAUUACUGUCUUCUCUACUAGGGCAGAGUCUAUCUCGUGCAUCUCUUCUUGAAUCGGCAUAUUAAUUCUGGGAGCAAUUAUUUUAAAAAGAAACGCAUUUUGAAAAAGAGUUUAAAGGAAUAGUAAAGCAAGGGAAAGAGAGAGAGAGAUGGUGUGGCCCUGGCGUUUUGUACUUUCCAUUAUUGCAGAGUGAGGAGUUGUCAAGUAGACUAGAAAUAGGUCCUGCCAUCAUGCAUUGAAAUUGUCGUUUGAACAUAGUCUCUUCAGGAAGUCAGUUUUAGCAGUAUAUCCUGUCACAGCGGGAACUGUAGGUGGCAGUGGUUCUCACUAGUGGAUCUGUAUUAACAUGCUCCUUUUUCACUUGACCACACAGUGUGCUAUAUGGUCACUCUUUGUGUUUCAUUGCCUUGACGUUUUGUGUUACAGGCAUUUUCAUAGUGCAUACUUGCUUGGUCUUUAACAAAUGCCUUAAGUAUUAAAAAUGGGAUGAUGUUACUGACCUUCGAAAUGGAAGUGUUAACGUUUUACUGUUUAUAGUGUUCCUAGUUGCAGUAUCAUGUAAUUCGUGUUUGAGGGGCGGUUAUGUUCCUUGUCAGGUGAGUCGUUGAAGCUUACAUUCCCUGGAAAGUGCAUUAUUUAUGCUGUUUGUGAAGUUAAUACUGGAGUACUCAGUGUACCCACAGAAUUAGAAAACAAUAAAAAAAUGCAUGCUA